AUGGAGAACACUUCUGUGACUAUCCCGUUUGAAUUUAAUGCCACUGUAAACGAAGCCGGAGCUCUGUCCAAGAUGCCCCAGAACUCACUCGCUGUGCAGGUUGUCACCAUUCUUCUUGCGCUAGUGAUAUGUGGAAUUGGCAUUGCAGGUAACAUCAUGGUAGUGCUCGUUGUGCUCCGUACAAAACACAUGAUGACCCCGACGAAUUACUAUCUGGUCAGCCUGGCCAUUGCGGACCUGAUCGUCCUGUUCGCCGCGGGUCUGCCAAAUAUCUCUGAAGUUGUCGCCUCCUGGGUGUACGGCUACGCCGGGUGCCUUUGCAUCACUUACCUACAAUAUUUGGGCAUUAACGUCUCCUCUUGUUCUAUCACAGCAUUUACAGUUGAGCGAUACAUUGCAAUUUGUCACUCAAUUAAAGCGCAAUUUAUCUGCACCGUGUCCCGCGCAAAGAAGAUCAUCGCGUGCGUUUGGAUUUUCACAUCUGUGUAUUGCGUAAUGUGGUUCUUUUUAGUAAAUACGAACGAGACGGUCUACGCCGAUGGGGUGGUGGUCAGGUGUGGCUAUCGUGUCUCCAGAAACCUCUACAUGCCAAUAUACUUUUUGGACUUUACUUUGUUUUAUGUAAUACCACUUAUUUUGGCCACUGUCUUGUACGGUCUAAUCGCCAGGAUUUUGUUCAUGAACCCCCUGCCCACUGAUCUCAACGACAGAGCUGAUAACGUUUCAUUUCACCAAGGACGGACAAACAGCACCAUAAAGAUGUCCUGUAAGUCCAACAGAGGAGCGGUGUCAUCAAGGAAACAGGUUACAAAGAUGUUAGCAGUGGUGGUGGUCCUGUUUGCCCUUCUCUGGAUGCCUUACCGGACCCUGGUGGUGGUGAACUCCCUCAUGGACCCACCUUACCUCAACGUCUGGUUCCUGCUCUUCUGCCGUAUGUGCAUCUAUACCAACAGCGCCAUCAACCCCAUCAUCUACAACCUGAUGUCGCAGAAGUUCCGGGCCGCCUUCCGGAAGCUGUGCAAGUGUCGGCGCCAGCGUCCGGAGAAGGUGACCAGGUACACCAUGCCCGUGUACUACAGCGCCAUCAAGGACUCCUCCCACGAGAGCACCACCGACCAUGACAUCACCGAGCAGGAGGACGUCGGCGGCAGUCCCGCCGUGGGGAAGAGGGUCAACUUCACGGACGAGUGCGGCAACGUCAGCUCCAUGUUCAGCAUUGCCUGA